AUGUCAACCAGCGACGCAGACGAAUUCAUUCAAGCAUGCAAAAGUGGAGAUUUGCCUCUGGCCCGCAAGUUGUUUCGUCCUUUCACAAUUGAUGAUGAAUGUAGCAAAGGCGGUGGUAAUGCUCUUUACUGGGCUUGUUUAGAGGGACACUUUGAAAUUGUAAAAUUCUUGAUUGAUGAAGGAGCCGAUGUUAAUUUUGAAAAUAUUUUCAAUGAAAACAACGACACGACACAACGUGUGGAAACAGCCCUUCAUGCGGCCGUUGAAGCAAACCAUCCAAAUAUUGUUUCUCUCUUGUGGGAAUUGGAAGAUAUUGAUCCCGACAUUGAAAAUCAUAAUGAAGAAACGGCUCUAGAUCUUGCAAAGAAAUUGAAUUAUCACGAGUGUGAGGAAAUUCUCUCAAAAACAUCAGAAACAAAGAAGAGAAAAAUUUCACAUGACAGCGAUGAUGACGACAAGGAUUCCAAAAGUUCAAAUUCGCCAAUUGAGUUACCCUCUCGUUCGGAUUUUAAAAAGUUUCAAAUUUCUUCCAUGGAUGUUGAAUGGAUAGUCGAACAAGUGAAAAAUAAGAAAGAUUGGAUUCAUAAAUAUCUACUCUUGUGUGAAAAAUGGAAACAAGAAUGUCUGAGUGAUACCAUGAGAAUAUCAGAAGCGAGCGUGGAAGUGGCAUUCAAAAUUCUAGAAGAUUUAAGAAAUGAUUUUUUUGGGACUUAUUAUCAUCCUGGAAGUAACAAUCAAGUAUUGGAUUUAAUUCACCCAUCCCUUUAUUGUUAUCACUACGCACAUAGUGUGCUCAAAGAAGAUUCUCCAUUUAUUCUCGAAUCAAAUCCAGACAUUUUGUGGAUACCCACUUGGUUCAAAAAGCAACGUACACAGAACACCACUCAUUUUGUGCAACAGAACUCCCAACAUGAAUCAGAUUCAAUCAAGGAUCAAGCUGAGAAACAAAAUCAACACUCAGCAGAAAUUGACUUUGACAUUACCUAUGAAUCCUACAUUAACAAUAUUUGUGAAGUGAAACAAAAGAAUUUGGCAAAUGUCAUUUGCAAAGUGAUGUGUUAUUUCGUACCCAUGUGGGAACAGCAUUACAGUAUUCAUUACAGUCCUUGUGACGUUACCUUUGAUCGCUUUCAAGUCAUUGUCAAAGCAGCCACAAUAGUGGUCCAUCCUGACAAACCCUAUUAUCCUGGAGGCACUUGGCACACAGAAGGAUUGGAUGAGAAUAUUGUUGCCACUGGAAUUUAUUACUAUCACUCGGAAAAUGUGAAAGAAAGUUUUUUGGAUUUUCGUCAAAACUUAACAGAUCGUGAACUGAGAGAUUAUGGAGCUCCAGAGGGCACACUUUCCUUUGAAUUAUUGGGAAGUGUUGAAACAAAACAAGAUCGAUGCAUUGCAUUUCCAAACAUUUUUCAGCAUCGUGUGAAACACUUUUUCCCUCUCGAUCCCACUCGUCCUGCCAUUCGAAAGAUUUUAGUGUUUUUCUUGAUUAAUCCCAAAAAGCCCAUCAUUUCCACAAAUGAUAUUGAUGUUCAGAGAUUGGACUUUUUAUUGAAUCGAUGUAUGGUGUUGUGCAAGAUUUUGCCAUUGGAGAUUAUUUAUAGGCACAUUUUGGAUUUUUUUGCCUCACAUGACGUUGGAAGAAGCUCGUGA